CUCGACAAGAGCACCCUGCAGUGCGUUGGUCAUUCACCUGAUCUGACCUUCUUGGACAAAGACAAACUCGUCGUCAACGCAACUUUGAUCAAAUAUGGACUCCCCACGUCGACCAGCGUGAGGUGUCGGUUUCGCGACGUGUUGCGGAAUCGAUUCAGUGAUGCGGACGUCACGUUCGGUAACUGGAGCGGCACGUUCAACGAAUCCGCUCGACUCCCGAAAAGCGCCGAAUUUAUUCACGUGACCUGCCACGACGGCCACGACGCGAUCAUUUCAAACAGCUACCACGAGCUGAUCCCCAAGCGCGAAGAACGGAACGAGCUGUACUCGAUACUUUCAAAGAAACGCCAAACACGGGCGUCGCCCAAAGAGACCCUGAGUGUCAUCAUGCUCGGAUUCGACGGCGUGUCGAGGUAUCAGUUUUUGAGAGCGAUGCCGAGAACGUACCGAUACUUAAUCGACGGUCUGAACUCUUUCGACAUGACGAUGCACACCCAGGUUGGGAAAGACACGUUUGAAAACUUCCUCUGCCUGUUCACGGGCGAGCCCAUCGCCGAGACGACGACCUGGUGGGACUUCGCCAGGUACACGGACGCCUUCGAUUUGGUCUGGCGGUCGUUUGAGAACGCGGGUUACCGCACCCUGUACACGGAGGAUCAGCCGAGCGGCGGGGCAUUCCAUUACCAGAAGAAGGGCUUCAUGUCCGCCCCGGCGUCAUACUACAGCCGACCAAUCACGAUGGCCAUUCAAAAUGACCCGGAAAUAUGGCGGGCUGGGAAACACUGUGUCGGGAACAAGCCCGAGUUGAUUCACCACAUGGACUACGUGAAGCGUUUUUUCGACACGUUCCCCGACAGCCCGCUUUUCGCGUUCGCUUUUCUGUCCAAACUGACCCAUGACGACAUGACUGAUUUGAAAAUGGCGGAUGAACAUUUGCUGAACGUUUACAGAGAGUUUUUUCGACUCGGCCACCUGAACAGGAGCCUCCUGAUAACGUACUCCGAUCACGGGCCCCGCGUCGGUCGCAUACGCUCGAGUUUUAACGGCAUGGUGGAGAGCCGCACCCCGUACGCCAUUUUCACUUUCCCGAAAUGGUUUCUAGAAAAAUACCCGGAUGCUGCAAGAAAUUUACGAACCAACACUCGACGACUGACGACGCACUUUGAGACACACGCGACGUUACAGGAUCUGAUGUACUUUGAGAGCGGCGGGGAAAUCCCGAUCAAACCCAGCAAGCAUGGCGUAAGCCUCUUUCGGGAAAUACCGAAAAACAGAACCUGCCAGGAUGUUCCGAUACCGCGCGAAUUUUGUCUUUGCAACCAGCGGACGAUAAAGGCGAUUGACGUCAAUUCGAGCAUCUCAAAAAAUUUAGCCGAUCAAGUCAUGGCUGCGAUAUCACGAAAAAUCAACAAGACUCAUUGCUCGGAUCUGAAAAUCGAUAAAAUCCUUCAAGUUUUGAAUAUCGAUCUAACGGAGGUUCUCUCAAAAGAGAGCAAAAGCAAGAUGUUGUUUAAGGUGAGGCUCCAGACGGUGCCCGGGAAAGGCAUCUUCGAGGCCAUGGUCUUCGUGGCAAGUGGCAAAUUCGAAUCUUUCGCAAAAACAGGCAACCUGGGCAGUGUUGAUAUUGGUGACGUCAUCGAAAGACUUAACAUGUACCGGGGUCAGGCCGAAUGCGUCCAUGACGCUGACCAGAGAUUGUUUUGUUACUGCAAGGCUCCUUUUGAAAAGGACAAGGAGUAAUAGGCUAAUUAGUAUGACAUAGACCAGGAGUUCUCAAACGUUUGGAACGAUGUAUCGCUUUUAUAAAAAAAAAUUCAUGUAUUUCGUAAUGUCAUAAUGUUGUCUUCCUGUCACAUCUUAGUGUACCAAUUGAAGCAAUGUGAUGCACAGCUGGUGAUUUAUUUAUCGAAGACUCAGAAAGACUGAAAUAAAAACAAAUGUCUCUACAGAGGGCGUAUUGGUGGACUCUGAUAAAGAGGCCAAGGAACCUGACUGAUAUUCUCUCUCUGGUGUGGAAAUCACUUUAAAUAUUCACCCG